GUGCGCUGUUCAUGCAGUGGCUGCCCAGCUGCCCCCGGGAAGCCUGCAAGGGGUGCACGACAGCAUGCCUGGCCCCGUCUCCACAGCCCCCACUCCCAGCGGCAGGCUCAGCAUCCCAGAAAUAAUCCGGAAGAAGCGGGAUGGCCAGAAGCUGUGGGAGGAGGAAAUCCGGUACUUCGUGCAGGCCGUGGCCAGCCGGGCCAUGAAGGACGGGCAGAUCGGAGCCCUGCUGAUGGCCAUCCGGCUGCGGGGCAUGGAGCCCGACGAGACACUGGUGCUGACCCGGGAGAUGGCCUCGUCGGGGAGGAUGCUCGCGUGGCCGGAGAAGUGGCGGGGCCUUCUGGUGGACAAGCACUCCACCGGCGGGGUGGGCGACAAGGUCAGCCUGCCCCUGGUGCCGGCCCUCGCGGCCUGCGGCUGCAAGGUGCCCAUGAUCAGUGGCCGAGGACUGGCCCACACCGGCGGCACUCUGGACAAGCUGGAGUCCAUCCCCGGCUUCACGGUCACCCAGAGCCCAGAGCAGAUGGAGCACAUCCUGGAGACCGUGGGCUGCUGCAUCGUGGCACAGAGCCAAGACCUGGUCCCGGCCGACAAGAUCCUGUACAGCCUCCGGGACGUCACGGCCACCGUGGACAGCUUGCCGCUCAUCAUAGGCUCCAUCCUGAGUAAAAAGGCGGCAGAGAACCUCUCGGCCCUGGUGCUGGACGUGAAGUUUGGCAGUGCCGCCCUCUACCCGACUCUGGAGAGCGCCCAGGAGCUGGCGGAGGCUCUGGUGUCCGUCGGGACCCAGCUGGGGAUGAGCACCGCCGCCGUGCUCAGCAGGAUGGACGGGCCCCUGGGGCGCCGCGUCGGCAACUCGCUGGAGGUGCUGGAAUCCCUGGAGUGCCUGGACGGACGCGGCCCGGCGGAUCUGCGGGAGCUGGUGACCACGCUAGGAGGAACCCUGCUGUGGCAGCGCGGGAAGGGCGGCUCCCCGCCUGAGGGGGCCGCCCAGAUCGCCCGGGCCCUGGACGACGGCUCCGCCAUGCGCCUCUUCCAAGCCAUGCUGCAGGCGCAGGGCGUGCGGGCCGAGGUGGCCAGCGCUCUGUGCGCGGGGACGGAGGAGCAGCGCCUGCGGGUGCUGACGCGGGCCCAGGCCCAGGAGGAGCUGGUGGCGCCACGGGACGGGACCGUCCGGCAGAUCCAUGCCCUGCCCCUGGCGCAGGUGCUGCACGGCCUGGGGGCCGGCCGCAGCCUGGAGGGACAAGCCAUCAACCACCGUGUGGGUGCGGAGCUGCUGGUCUCCGUGGGGGAGCGGGUGAAGAAAGGAUCUCCGUGGAUCAGGAUCCACUACGAGCAGCCCCCGCUGAGCGAGGCGGACCGACUCCACCUGCAGGGGGCCCUGCUUCUGGAGGAGACGGAGCCCUUUGUGCCCGGCCCGAGGGUGGCGAAGAUGAUCCUCCCGCAGACCCCUGUGGGGGGGCAGUGAAGGGGGUCUGAGCCGCAGCAGGCGUGCCCCAUGCCCAGGGGCCAGGACAGCGGCUGCGCUGCGCCAACACCCCACGCCCGCUUCUGCAGGACGGCCCCCUUGCCCCCCGUGGGCGGGAGGGGUUUCUCCCCCCGCUCUCUUCCCCGCACGCCCCAGCAGAGGCCGGGGCGCUAUCUCCAGCAGAAGGACCCCCUCGCGCGCCUUCGCCCCUGCCCCAGCCCCAGCUUGAGGGGUGCGUGCAGUUCGAGUGUGGAGCAGCCUUCUCUGACCUAAAACCGCGGCCAAUAAACGCAUCUGGAGCUUU